CCUUCCAUCCUUUGCUCACAUUGCUCUUCCCUUCGGUGGGAAAAUUCCUGCUGGAACAUCCACGGUGGAUUUGAACUCGGGAAUUGUAUUGGAAAAGCUGGGAUCUGCAACACACGCUGGAGGAUUUUCUUCCAUGUUCUUUCUUAUAUUGUUCAGAAAACCAUCAUGUUGAUGUGGAUCAUGGCUUCCUGAUCAGAUCUUCCUGACCACUGUCUUCUCUUUCCCUGGACUCAUCAUUGGCUCAGUGAUGAACCACACACCCAGUCCCCACAUGACAGAGGCCGCCAAGUCCGGGGCAGGCUUGUUGUGCGGCCUGGGCUUGGGCCCGGAUCGGGUGCGUUCUCCAGACAGCCUGACCCACACGCCCAGCCCGUCAGGGGGAACGCCCAGUUCCAGCCCUCCUCUGCUGCUGUCUCCAGGGCUGGGCUGCGAUGGCGGCGGGGACUGGGAGAGCCGCGAGGAGCUGCGUCUGCGUGAGCUGGAGGAGGCGCGGGCGCGGGCGGCUCAGAUGGAGAAGACGAUGCGCUGGUGGUCAGACUGCACGGCCAACUGGAGGGAGAAGUGGAGUAAAGUGCGGGCCGAACGCAACAGGGCGCGGGAUGAGGUCAGGCAGCUGAGACAACGUCUGGAUGCCCUUACCAAAGAGCUGACGGGGGCACGGCGAGAGCGUCAAGAGCUGGCGGCCGAAAACGAACAACUGCGCCUAGAGGCCCAAAGAGUCCGAGCUGAACAGAACUCCCCAGCGAACGCUUCCACUGCACCAGCAUCCAACUCCUCAACUGCCUCCACACACUCCAACCAGCCACGGGAACCAGACAUCAAGCAGGACAACCAGGAUGAGGAGAACGUUAGAGAUGGCCCAGGCUCUCCAGAGCAGGAACCUGUGAGAGAUGUAGACACUGACAAACCAGACAAGCAGAGGGAGUUGGAGUUAUUGGAGGCUCUUCUCAGGGCAAAGUCAGAGGCUCCAGACUCUUGGGACAUUCGCAGUGCCAGUAGCUUGCGCUCAGUUCUCAGUCGGCAGGACCGGAGCAGACUGCUGUGGGAGGAUCUGGCUGCCCUGGAGGAGGACUCUAGCAAGCUCAACGCUCUCCAGCUACGCCUGGAUGAGUCCCAGAAAGUCCUGCUGAAAGAACGAGAGGAUAAGCACGCACUCAUUAAGAACAUCGAGAAGCUGGAGGUGGAGCUGAGCCAAUGGAAACUCAAAUAUGAGGAACUGAACAAGAGCAAACAAGAGGCCCUAAAACAGCUGAACUUGUUGAAAGAGGUGCAUCAGGAUGAGCUGGGCCGCAUGUCUGAAGAUCUGGAGGAUGAGUUGGGGGCUCGUACUAGCAUGGACAAAAAACUGGCAGAGCUCCGUACAGAGAUGGAACGUCUGCAGGUGGAGAACGCAGCAGAGUGGGGUCGUCGGGAGCGUCUGGAGACAGAAAAGCUGGCUCUGGAGAGGGAAAACAAAAAGCUGCGCGCCCAGAUGGAAGACCUGGAGGAGCAGCUGGCACGCAAACGCAGGCAGGCAGCCAGCGCCCUGGACACCGACCUCAAGACCAUCCAAUGUGAGCUGUUUGAGAGGAACAAGGAGCUGGCAGAUUUGCGGCACGUCCACUCCAAGGUUAAAAAACAGUACCAGGAGAAGAUGGCCGAGCUGGCACAUGCUAACCGGCGUGUAGAGCAGCACGAGACGGAAGUUAAGAAGCUUCGACUGAGGGUGGAGGAACUAAAGAAAGAGCUGGGCCAAGCUGAAGAUGAGUUGGAUGAGGCUCAUAAUCAGACCAGAAAGCUACAGAGGUCCUUGGAUGAGCAGGUGGAGCAGACAGAGAACCUACAAGUUCAGCUGGAGCACCUACAAUCCAGGCUAAGGCGUCAGCAGAAUCCUGGCCUCUUUGGCAAGAUGAGGACAUCAGCUUCAUCGCGUUUUGUGCCUGAGGACGCAGAAGCCCCCCCUAGCGACCCAGAUGAAGAUGAGGAAGAAGAACUGCAGCUCCAGAUCCCCUAAAGUGUUCGCGUCAGACCUGGGAAUGUACGAAAGACUUAAAGAUUGCACCCGAGCAUUUCACCUUCCCCUUCAUUUCAUCUCUCAGCUGAAUCCAGAAGAGGACAGACACUUCACAACCCUCAGCAGACAGAUAAACACAACGAUUUUUCAGUAGUCCGUUUUCAACAGCUUGAAAAGUGUGUGCCAGGGCCAAUACAGUGCUUUAAACUAAAAUCUGCUUGUGUCUCCAUCAAUAUAUUGCUGGUUUAUAGUCCAAGAUGGCACAUAGAUGAUCAAUAUAAAGAUACACAUGGUUCAUAGACCAUUGUCAGACCCAGUUGUUGGAAACCUAUGACUUUUGAGGGUCAUGCAAGCACUAAAAAGCCCCUUUGAUGCUCAUAGAAUGCACAUGGCACAGAUCCAAGCCUGAAAAAAGCCAAUUGUAACUUGUUCAUGUUUUUAAACAGUGAUGCCCUGGAAAUAAAUUGACAAGGUCUGGACUCAUCACAUUACAUUCCCAUCUCUUAUCUGACCUACAAAAGCACCCAUGCGUCCAUACAGUACCUCUGUGUUUCUGCUUCAUGUACUGUUUACGUGUGUUCCCUGCCUCCUCUUUUUUUUUUUUUUUUCAUCACCUGCAUUAUAAUUUUUUCUUGUCACCCUUUCAUUUCAAUUGUUCCCGUUUGCUCUUCCCAUUCAUUUUGAUUUCUUAUUUAAUCUUUUGUCAGCCCUCCCACACACCCCCAUCCCUUAACGCCAACUCUCACAUCAAUAUUCAAAACAACCCAUUCAGAACAUGAUGAUUAUGUUUCCUGUGUCUGGGGAACAUUUUGUUUCUGCUGUGUUGUUACUGAAGAGGCAGACAACUGCUUAGUUUUUUUGACAGUAGUCCUGUUUUAAUUGUCCCAAAGUUUUUCUUGGUGAACAGAUAAAUGUGUUUCUGUCUUUGCAGUGGAGGUCUUGUUUUAUAUAGGAAGUAGGGAGGGGGGAUCAUGGGUAGUUUGUGUUGGGUAGUCGGUUGGUUUCUUAUUAAAUAUAUACAAGAAUAAUUGCUUUCCCCUUUUGCAUUUCAACCCGUUGAAAGGGACUGGCGCAUUUAACAAAUGUUCUGUUAAACAGAUUUUUAAGCAAUAUUAUACUGUCUACAUCUGCAGUGGGGACCAAUACUGACUCAUCUUCAACUGGGACAUUUGUACUGGUCAUAUUAAAGUAUUUAUCAGAUGUUUGUUUUUUACCUAAGUGGCCUGUAUUACAGUUUUUGUAUUUGUUUGUGUUUGUAUUUUACCUCUAUAAAUGUUAAGUGUAUAUACAGUAAAUAUUGGCUGUCUGACUGUUAUUUAGUGUCAAAUGUGUGUGAUUUAAUCUACAUUGAGUUUGAUUGUGUGUAAAAGCAGGACGUAAAGGAAUAGUUCAUCCAAAAAUAAAACAAAAAUGUCAUUUACUCACCCUCAUGUCAUCCCAAACCUGUGUGACUACCUUUUGUUCUACAAAUC